UCCCUCCGCCCCCUCUAUCACUCUACUCUCACUCCCUCUCUCCUCCCUCCACUCCACCUAGAUGCCCUCUCCUGCUUUAAUUCCUCCAAUCCUCUUUGUAGGACUGACGUCUGCUACAGUCACAAACAGAGCUAAGACAGGAGAGGAGAGUGGAGGAAAAAGAGUCUGGUAGUCUCAGAAACAAACUGCUCUCUAUCUCUCACACUUCCACUAGCUCAGCUCCCAGGGCUCUCCAGGACUCAGGGGGUUGCUCUACCCUCACAGCAUCCUCUCCUCGCUCCUUGUUGGGGCUCACCUCACUGCCUGAGACCGGGGAACAUCCAGGGGACAUCUAGGUGACACUCACUCAGCCUCAUCCAGGACCUGGGACUUCAGCCGGCUCCUACUCAAAGUCCUUCUGAGCCUGCAACGUGACCCACCUUUCCCUCGUCUGUCUGACUGAGAGAGAGAGAGAGAGAGAGAGAGAGGGAACUGUCAUUCUAUCUCAGGAACAUCAGGGUUUCCAAUCUCGGGCCUCAACUCCCAUGCACUGUAUCUGCAGAGAGGCUGGAAGACAAGGGAAUACCCUUAAGACACAGACCGGAUGAUUUCAAUUUGUCCUACUGAUAUCGUCAUAAGAGAUAAGACACAGCUGUGAGAUAGUGUGUCUGUGUGUAUUUCUUAUAACGAGUGUGACACAGACCACUCUGCGUCAGCAGUGUGUUAGAGAAAGAACACACACUCUGGGGAAGCCUUUUCUUGUGGUAUUUGAUGUGCAGGUGUGUGUGUGACAUGUCAGGUGUGUGACUCAUUGUAGUUGUUAGGCAUUGAAUGUGCAUUUGAGACGUGAGUGAGACCUUAAGUGUGCGAGAGGCUUCGGUUUCCUCUGGAUUUCUCUGAGAUGGAGGGUCAAGGCUACGACCGGUUUGGUGAAGGUGAGCGUGACACCUACCAGAUCGACUACCGCCGUAUCGUUGGUGAUACCGAGCCCGCUAGGCCGCGCCUCUUGCCCCACGAAGGGGAACACACACACCCCAAUGCCAACCCCCAUGGAGCCUACACACACACCAACCCUCACGGCCACGAGACGGCCGCGCAGAGAUACAGCGCCACGCGCAUCCAAGCCGGAUAUGAACCUGAGAGUGAUUUCCUGAUUCUUCCUGGUUUCAUAGACUUUAACUCUGAUGAAGUGGACCUGACUUCAGCUCUGACCAGGAAGAUCACCCUGAAGACUCCUCUAAUCUCAUCUCCCAUGGAUACAGUCACUGAGUCCUCCAUGGCCAUCGCUAUGGCUCUCAUGGGCGGGAUUGGGAUCAUGCACCAUAACUGUACUCCAGAGUUCCAGGCCAACGAGGUCCGCUUGGUCAAGAAAUUUGAGCAGGGUUUCAUCACAGACCCGGUGGUAAUGAGUCCUCACCACACGGUGGGAGACGUGUUCGAAGCCAAGGUCCGCCACGGCUUCUCUGGCAUCCCCGUCACAGAGACGGGAAAGAUGGGAAGCAAGCUCGUGGGUAUCGUCACCUCCCGAGACAUCGACUUCCUUUCCGAGAAAGACCAUGACAGACCCCUGGAAGAGGCCAUGACAAAGAGGGAAGAUUUAGUGGUUGCACCAGCUGGUGUAACACUGAAAGAAGCCAACGAUAUCCUGCAGCGCAGCAAGAAAGGUAAGCUGCCCAUAGUGAAUGACAGUGAUGAGCUGGUGGCCAUCAUAGCGAGGACAGACCUGAAGAAGAACAGAGACUACCCUCUGGCCUCUAAAGACUCCAGGAAGCAGCUGCUGUGUGGAGCUGCCAUCGGAACCAGAGAGGAGGACAAGUACAGACUGGACCUGCUGAUGCAGGCUGGUGUCGACAUGGUGGUGCUGGACUCCUCCCAGGGGAAUUCUGUCUAUCAGAUCAACAUGAUCAACUACAUCAAACAGAAAUACCCUGAACUACAGGUGGUGGGAGGAAACGUGGUGACUGCAGCACAGGCUAAGAAUCUGAUAGAUGCGGGUGUGGAUGCUCUGAGGGUGGGGAUGGGCUGUGGCUCCAUCUGCAUCACCCAGGAAGUGAUGGCAUGUGGGCGUCCCCAGGGUACAUCAGUGUACAAGGUGGCAGAGUAUGCCAGGCGUUUCGGUGUGCCUGUCAUCGCAGACGGAGGCAUCCAGACCGUUGGACACGUGGUCAAAGCUCUCGCUCUCGGGGCAUCCACAGUGAUGAUGGGGUCAUUGCUCGCGGCUACCACGGAGGCCCCGGGGGAGUAUUUCUUCUCGGACGGCGUGCGACUAAAGAAGUACCGCGGGAUGGGCUCCCUGGACGCCAUGGAGAAGAACAGCAGCAGCCAGAAACGCUACUUCAGUGAGGGGGACAAGGUGAAGGUGGCUCAGGGUGUGUCAGGGUCGGUCCAGGAUAAAGGCUCCAUCCAUAAAUUUGCCCCCUAUCUCAUUGCUGGCAUACAACAUGGCUGCCAAGAUAUCGGAGCCAAGAGCCUCUGCAUACUGCGGUCCAUGAUGUACUCUGGGGAGUUGAAGUUUGAGAAGAGGACCAUGUCAGCUCAGGUUGAGGGGGGAGUACACGGGCUACACUCUUAUGAGAAGCGGCUAUACUGAGGGAGGAGCGAGAAGAAGCACACGAGCAGCGUACCCCCACCAGCAGCCACCAGGCACAACAGAUACAUGUGACCUACCUAUGUGACCUACCUACAACCACUACUCAAUUCAACCAUCACAUAACCUUUUGGCUAUACAUAAGACCGCUGACUCCUCUCUUCUCCUCCCACCCACUAUCUCUCUCUUUCUUUGUGUUGUGUAAGAUGCUUUUGAGGGACCAUAAACUCACCUCUGACUUGGUUGAUGUUAUGACAUAAUCUACAGGGACUAGGGACUAAUGUUCAAUGGUCACAUGUACCUGGGUCAUGGCACAGAGCCAUCAGGCUGUAUAAGGUAUGUAGCGCAUGUAGAACUGUGGAUACUGUGUACUACUUUAUGUACCCUGGAACUCUUUAUACCAUUUUUGGUUGAUCAUGGUCCUAUGUCUCAGAUGUAUUUGAAUGUACAGUAGUGUUGAUGACUGUAUGGAAUAGCCUAGACGUCUGUUACUGUGGCUCUACUUUAGAGAGGACCAAAGCUACGGUAAGCGUUAGCCUUCAAUCAGGGAUAACCACAACGCCUUAAGACUGCACAUGGAGUCUAUACUGUGGAUAGUGCUAGAAUCUGGUUUUCACUGGAUUCUCAUCAGUUUGAAAAAAAAAGAAAAAGAACCACAAUUUUGUUUUUGUGUGAAGUUCACCACUAAGAUUUGGGAUGUUUUCUUUCAUGUUAUGUAUGUGUUUUCUGAUGACAGGAUGAUUGUACAGUGACUUUGGCCUAGUCUGUGGUGUUAAUAAUAUGAUGGAUUUGAGUGCAUUCGGAAAGUAUUCAGACCCCUUAUUCUAAAAUUGCUUAAAUAGUUUUUUCCCCCUCAUCAAUCUACACGCAAUACCCCAUAAUAACGAAGCAAAAACAUUUAUUUUUUUGUACAAAUGUACAUAGUUGAAGUCGGAAGUUUACAUACACCUUAGCCAAAUACAUUUAAACUCAGUUUUCC